UUUUCAUUAGAAGGAAUUCCCCCGUGUGCCUACUUGUCCAAAGCCAGGAGCAUCCUGGAGGUGACGGAGCAGAAGUGGACGCUGGUCUCGCUGCACACCCUCAUGAUGUCCUGCAGGCAGUAGAAGCUGGGACCGCCGGCGUUGUGGGCGGGCUUGCUGCCGUCUGUCCGAGCGUAAUAAAGUAAAAAUAAAUAAAGAUAAUAAAGUAGCAAUAAUCCAACCCCGACCGAGCUACUCACCUUUAACACUGACUGGCACCACAAACAGCGACGCCUCCGGGACUUGGUUGUCCCCCCCCAGGGAGAACUUCAAGUCAACUACCCGUUUACCUGAAGAACCAGCAGAGCCUUGCCUUUCAUCUGCUCCAUGCUACGAUAUUCGUCUUUUCCACGUGGCGUACGUGGCGUACGUACGUGGCGUACGUGGCGUACACUUACCCAUGAAGCUUUGGUUGUUGGAUAAGGGCUUGACGGUUUCGGCAACGUAAUCUAAAAUGGACUUGGAUUUGUCCCCCCUUGCUUGGACCUUGGUCGCCAGGAGGACUUUCUUCCUUUUCUUCUCCUUCCCUUCCAGGGGCGCUUCACUCAGAAGGAUCUUCACAUGGAAAAAACAGGCAAGCAUUUGGCGACUCCUUGCUGGAUUCUGAUGGAUGGAUCAUCUCAGGCUGGAUGCGUACCUCGUAGGCUUUGGCUCGGUACUCCUUGGAGCUCAGGCUGACCUGACUCUUGGGCCGAAGGACAGCCACAAACACGUCCUCCAGGCUGUCCUCGUUGCCCAUGGCGACGGCUUUCUUCAGGCCAUACAAGAUCUCCCACCCGGGGGCCAGAUGCUAGGGAGGGGCAUGCCUGGGGUGGGACGGCGGAAGAUAGCGUUUCCAAAACAUUAGGAACACUUCUCCUCUUCAGCCACAAUAACAACAUACUACUAUAUAAGUACUUCUGGCAGUCAGUGGCUAUUAUGUACAAAUUAGCUUGAUGUUAGCUCAGUUGACGUCAUGAGCAGCGAGCUACUUGUUGAACUGAUCUUAUGGCCACGCCCCGGAAACCGAAACCCUGCGUUGUUCUUACAGUUAUAAAGUUACACAAACAUUGUUCCACAUUCUCUACUUGGCACGGCCAGCAAUGAUUUAGUCUCGUUUAUGUCCUUCCGUUCAAUUAUUUCUAACUACUCGGCGGUCUUAGCUUCGGAUGCUAAUGGCGUCACCCGCUCCUUCAACUUGGCAAACUCACCGAAAAGCGACCUGCAUUUUGGCCACACGACCUUAACACGCUUCCCCCCGACGUCGGAGUCCUCCUCGGGGUUACAGGUGGCCGUCCUGACCGGGUCCAGGCGGACCUCCGGGGGCGGCUGUUGAGAGGAAGUCGCCGCAGGCCUGAGAUGUGUCCCCCGCGUUGCGUUCAAAUGCAGUAGAGCGUGUGGGACAACGGACUACUCCUGUGGUGCGAGGCUCUUACGCAGGUCUAGCCCAACUGGCGGGCCAGAUUCAGCCUGUGGACGGCAUCGGACCGUUUUGUUGCAUAAACAAUCUUUGACUGAAGUUUUUAGCCUCUGCUGUACAUAGAGGAUCUUUGAUUAUGGCGUCUGUUGGCUUGUUAUUGUUUGAUGUUAUUUCUGAUUAGCUAUCUGGUGAGGUAAAAAGACACAAUAAAUCUAGGAAUAACCAGCGGUCCUUGGAUUUGUGGAAUUGUGUACAUUCCCGUAUGAUGUCCAACUUUUGGCCAAUAGGAGCCCAGUCAGUCUCAGGUUUAUUUGUUCAACACGUAAACAUGCAAGGUCAGUAACACAAAGAUCAUGUUUUGGUUCAGGUUACACAACACAUCUUUUAUUGGUCCAAUGAGAGGGCCUGUCUCUGGUUCUACUGGUCCACAGGCCUGCGGUCCUCCGGUUUCUCUUCUGGGCCACGUUCAGCAGCUUCUUCUGGAUGUGGACUUUUGGCCUUGCACUGACUCAGCACCUCCUGCAUCUUCUCCUGGAUGUCGCGCACCCUGGUGGCCCACUUGUCCCGCACCUCCUGCUCGUCGUCCCCGGUGACGGCCGUGUAGGCCAUCAAGGCGAUGAGGCCCAUGUGGAAAAGGUGAGCGAUGUGCGAGCAGCGGUGCUCCAUGAUCUCCAGGUCGCUGUCGCAGUUGUCCAGGUAGACCUUGAGCAGGGGUCUGCCGAACAGCGCGCUGGCGCCCAUCACGCCACGGUAGUACACAUCCAGGCCCGUGUCCAUUUUGUCUCGCUCGUAGAUCUUCUCAAAGUUGUCCAUGUAGUUCUGAGUGUUCCCCGGGUCCUUCUUCAUCUGGGCCACCAUGUUGUUGAAGGCCACAUACUGGUGCUUGAUGUACUCCUCGUACUUGCCGUAGGUCUCGUUCACCUCGUCGAUUCGGAUCUGCCUCAGGCACUGUUGGUUCUUCUCUGAGAUGCUCUCCAGUUUGGUGUGGAUGGCUUGGAAGUCCUUGUCCAACGUGUGGCCCUCCUCGUCCAUGAGGCCCUUGCGAGCCACGCCCACCAGGGAGGAGACGAUGCCGAAGAUGGGGUCGAUGGAGGAGGCGAACGAGGACACCUUCUCCACGUAGCCCAAAAUGGUGGCCGUGUUUUUCUUGAGCUGCGCGGCGUCUACCAUGGCUGCGCUUCUUCUCUGGCCGCCACGACACAGGAAGUGAUGCUGAAGACUGGAAAGAGAUAAAGGCUUUGGUAUCCGUCUCUGCCUACUGAAGCCGCCUGGCCACCAUUUUCCUUUUCCGGUCUACAAGGUCACCGCCCCUUCACGCCAAAUAAGAAACUUGACAAAGGUCACGUCCAAGGAACUACGCUGAUUAUUGAGGACGCGGUUGUCUUCGCCAGCUGCCAGCCCUCGCCGAGCUUCCGUCGUUCAUCAUCAUCAUCAUCAGGUGACGGGCCGCCUCCCAGCAUGCAUUGCACUCGGACCUCACAUGACUCAUGGUGGUGCCCCAGCCUGGUCCGCCAUCGGAGAUCUUCUAGAACAAAGAACUGCACAAAGUCAUAGCCAUUUCAAAAUAAAAGCUCCGGUGUGAGGACGCCUCCGUCAGCCGCGGCGGAAGGGCCUGGCGAGGAGGUGGACCAACGCCGAGAAGAAGCCGCCGAUGCCGCGCUCCUUGUGGGCGUCCUCGGUCAGCAGCUGCAUGUGCGCGUUGAGCAGCUUGAAGAGGGCGUGGUCAAAGUCCGGCUGUUGAGGCGAGUCAAACUCCUUGAGGAGGUCUUUGACGACGGCCUGGAUGACGGCGUCGUAGGUGUCCAUGUCCUGCAGGGAAGCGGCGAGGGCGGGUUUGAUCUCGGCCGACGCGCCCUCCGACAGACGCUUGAUGAGCGGCACGAUGGCGCCGAUCUUGGUGGCGGUGGCCGUCCUGCACCUGCACGACACGCGCAUGAGCAGCGUCAUGACCACGGCGCUCACCAGGUUCCUGACGUGGGCCCGGUGGCUGGUGCUGGCGGACGCCUCCUCCUCGCCGCCUCCCGCUCCUCCUCUGGCCAACGAGGAGACGUAGCGGUCGAUGUCGUGGAGCGCUCCCGACACCUCCACCCGGCUCUUGGCGUCCACGCGCAGCACCUUCAGCCACAGGUGCAUGUGCUGCACCAGCUUCCUGACCGUGUCCUCCGUGAUGGCGUACAGGACUUCCUGCGGGCGGGACAGGCCUCCGACGGCGCAGGUGGCCAUGAGGUGCGCGUACACGGCAUCGGCCAGGCGGCGAACGCUCUCCUCGCUGCACGAGUCCUGCUGCCACUCGUUGAAGUUGGAGGCCAGAGUGUCAAACUCGCUGUCCAGCUCCUCCUCGGAGGCGGCGCGUGACGAGCGCGUGGUGGACGCGGGCGUGGAGGAGGCGUGGCACCCGGGCCAGGUGGAUCCAGGUGCGUGCAGGUGGACCACGAAGGGACAGCGCUUGUUUUUGAACGUGCGCCUCAAGCCCGCCAAGGUCUUCUUGAACUGCGAGCGUGCGAAGGAACACAGCGUGCUCCUCGCCACGUGCUCGUCGGCGCCGUCGGCAGGCUUGGGGCGGGCCGCAAAGAAGACCUUGACCUUAGCCAAGAUGGCGCUCAUGUCCACGCGGGUCCUGGCCAGCGCGUGCUCGUCAUCGCCGUCCUGGACCAUGGUGCGGACGAUGUCGCGGGCGACGAUGCACAUGUCCUCCGCACGACGCUUGGCCUCCUCCUCGCGGCCUUCGUGGGCCCACUUCUGCAAGAUGUCGGCCACGGCCCUGGUGGCGGCGUCCACGUGGACGGGGGCGGACGCGCUCAUCUUGUAGAAGCGCUGCGUCAUCUUGCUCAACACGCACAUGCACUUAUGGGCGUGGUAGACCAUCUCAUAGAGCGUGUUGGUGCUGGACAUGGUGGCGGCCACGUAGACCAGCGCCCCCUGCUGGCCGUCGGCGUUGAGAACCGCGUGCACGCGCUGCUUGGCCUCCUCCUCCACGAGAGCCGUAAAGUGUUCAGUGCCGUCGCACUGCAGCUUGGGCACGCGCGCGGCCGCCGUAAAGGUGGUGGCGAUGCUGUCGCGCAGCUUCGGCGCGCACCUUUUGACCGCCGCGCUCAUCUCGCUCGGGGACGCGCGGCCCUCCAUGCGCGCCAUCACGGGCGCGAGCAUCCGGAGCAUCUCAGCCGCCACCGUCUGGACCAUCUCCGUGCACAUGUCCGCCAAGAUGGCGUCCGUGGCCGGGUUCCGGAUGCCGGCGGCCAGCAGGGCCCACUGGGCCGCCGACAUCUGGCCGAAAUGCUUGUUGACCACCGGAAGGAGAAGGUCCCACUGCACGAUCGCUGUCUGCUCCAUGGCCCCGUGCGCGUCCGCCUGUGCGCGUGCAGGCGGAGCCGCAAGAACCGAACCCGGCCGGACUGUGUCAGAGCCGCACGGACGCCGCGCGUCCUUGUGACGUCACGGCCAACCUGACGCCUUUAUGGGAUGCGUGUGGCGGCGUCACGGUGCGCGUGGCCACACGCGAGGGCGUGACGUCAUCGUCGGAUCAAAACAAAAUGGCGAGAGAAAAAGUUAGAAGAAAGGUUAGGAAUUUGGAAAAGGUCAAACUCUCAGAUGGAAAGCCGUUUUCAUUGUUGGCCAACUAAAAGCUAUCCAAGUGUGCACAUGAUCAUUACCGCUAUCACAUCUUAUAAUUUGGACUAUUCUGGGAUGGCGAUGAACAUUCCAGAUGUGGAAGCUCCUCCCCUUCCCCCAAAUAUGUGACAAGCCUGGGGGGUGGGGUGGGGGGGGGGGGGGUGAAGCGAGUGCUGAGAAGCGAGUCAGUUGUGCGGACGCCUCAGCGGGACACGACAUGGCGCUGGUUUGGGUCGUUAUGGUGACGCUGGGUCUUCAUCAGGCGUCCUCUGCCUCGGCUCAGGCUUGCCCCCCCAUCCGCGACCUGCUGACCUCGGUGCGUCAGGUUGAGAAGAUGCUGGCGGCCCACGAGGCGGCCUUCCAGCAGAACCUGCGUUCGCUGCGUAAGAAGAUGAGCGCGCUGCAAAACAGCACGCUGGCCGCCAUGAAGGCCGCUAACGCUUCCUGCCCCAAAGCGGACCCACCCGCUCACGGCCGCCGCCUGGGCCGCGUCUUUGCUGUCGGACACGAGGUCCACUUCCUGUGCAAGCCUGGCUACGAGCUGAUUGGACCACGCACGCGGGUUUGUCUGGAGUCUCUGAGGUGGAGCGGCCAGGCGCCCACGUGCCGCCCCGAGGAAGAUGGAGGUGCUGGUCUUAAUCCGGUUCUGAUCCGCAUGGAAACAAUGGCGUCUUAUUUUUAUUUUUCAGGUUCCGACGGCAUCAGAAGCUCCUCCCCAUCGUCCUCUCCUGUCGCUGAUGCCCCGCCCACCUCAAUGCCGACCUCCAUGCCCGUGCUGGCCACGCUCUCCGCCUCCUCGCCACCUUCCUCUGUGCGCCCCUCCCACUGCACCCGCCUCCUGGGCUCCACGCGCUGCACGUGCGACGUGGGCUUCACCAUCUCGGGCCGCGACAACAGCAUCUGCUCAGACAUUGACGAGUGCCAGCUGUUCCCGCUGGCCCAGCCAGGCCGCCUCUGCGUGCAUCAGUGCGUCAACACGCCCGGAAGCUUCCGCUGCUUCUGUCCCGCCGGCUACGAGCUCGCCGCCGACGGACGCAGCUGCACAGAUGUGGACGAGUGCGACAUCGGGAAGCACAACUGCAGCGGUGAGGAGAUGUGCGUCAACACCUACGGAGGUUUCCGCUGCGUGACGGUGGCGUGUCCCCACGGCGACAACGCCACCUACAUCAAGACGUCGCCAACGCGCUGCGAGCGGAACCCGUGCGUGCAGGGCGACAGGGCGUGCACGCAGGCGCCCAACUCCAUCUCCUUCCACUUCCUGUCUGUGGUCUCCAACAUGUCGACGCCGCGCGUGCUCUUCCGCGUGUCGGCGGCUCGCGUGCUGGGUGACACGCUGCGCUUCGGACUGGCGGGCGGCCGGGGGCGCAGCCAUUUCAGCGUGCAGCGCUCAGGCCGCCAGACGGCGACGCUCCUCCUCGUCACGCCCGUCCUCGGCCCCGCCACGCUGGAGGCCGAGGUGGAGAUGAGCGAGCUGGAGCGCCACGCCCUCUUGGGCCGCUACCUCACAAAGGUCACGCUCUUCGUGGCGCCCUACCACUUCUAAAGACGUUCCAAGUUUUAGUAUCCGCCUCUUCCUUUUGGUCCAGCGUCCACGCCUUCGUUCCUCUUCGGACCGCUGCCGCCUUCUCGUCGUGUUCCACUAAAACGUUCCUUCUUUGUGCGGCGCCGCCUCUGGGUAUUCCGUCUGUCGCUCCAGCUGAGCAAAUAUGAUCAGGCAGGACAAGGACACGCCAGUUAUGUCAUGUUUGGGGAUAUGAAAAGGCAGACGCACGCACAAAAAGGCUUCUCGGGAAUUCUCCUUGUACCUUGAAAGGAUUCCGAGCACUAAACAUGUUCCACGUCAACAAAUCCCAUCACAAGGCUCGGAUGUGUACAAUUGAUCAAAUAAUACAUACUGGAUCAUUGAACAUUCCUGGUUUGUUUUCAUUCACUCCGAUCCCGAUCACUCCCAAAAUGGAUGCUUUCAUACUUUUCAUGAUUUUCAGCAUUUGGGCGUAAAACUUGGGGGAAAAUUCCGGACAGGGUUCCUACAGCUUGUACAAAAUGUCCGGAAUCCAAAAUAAUUGCAGACACUGUGAUCCACAGGAAUUGCCACGAUAGAGCAUCAAUCGUAUUUUAGCCAAGACACUGGAAUGUGGAUUUGUUGGAUCUUCAAAUUCUAUGGAGCCAUCACGGGAAAUUCCAUUUCAUGGAAUAGCGACUGAACUAAUACUGAUAUGAUUGGGAAUCCUAUUGCUGAUGUUGCCAUCAAGGAGCGUAAUCUUGUACAUGACAUCAAUCAUAUCGAUGGCCCACAACCUAAAAUGGGCUAUCCAUACGGAAGCCUUUUCAGGAAUGCCGUUCCGGGUGCCCCGGAAUGAUAUUUUUGAAAAAGGUCUUCUAAAUCUGGAUAGUAUCGAUGCUGCCUCUUUGACUCUAUGACGUCAGACGAGCAGCAGCGAGCUUUGACUUGACGACUAGCCAACAUUUGGAAUAUUGGGAAUUCCACUGUCUUAAGUCCAGACGAGACUCGGGAAGCAGAGGAUGACAGUUUUAUGCGCAUGUGUCCUUUCUUCUUCUAUACUCCAGUGUGUGACGUGCUUCCAUGUGCACCACAUGUACCUUGUGUUCCUUGUGUUCCAUACAUCUUCUCCAUCCAAUCAUCCUUCCCGUCUGGAUCAACUAUUUACUCCGUGUGGACUCGUUGUUUCCAACCUGGUAAAAAGUGAAAUGAGUGUGGACGGGGCUUGGAGUUUUGGCCCACCCUGCAGAGCUCAGCUGCUCAGCUAUGAGAUUUCCCACCAGGACACGCCACGGCUCUGUCCACUUGGGCGGCCGGGCUGAUAAGAGGCUGAGCACCUUCUGCUCUCGCUUUGGAAGACCACCAGCAUCACCAUCUGAUCCAACGACACCACGACCGGCUUCGGGAAGGACCAGAGGAAGGUGCUCCUUAUUGAUUGGCGCGAACGACUCCUGAAUGACUCCUGAAUGACUCCCAGCCCGUCUGAGACGACUGCAGAGGACACUCCAUCAGCCUGACCGGAUCUUCCCUUAUUUCCUUGUCAGGUUAGCCUCGGGAGAUGAAAGCAGCGACAUCAUUAGCAUGGCGUUGGUGGGGGUGUCACACGCUCGUGGUGUUAGCAUCAAGCCGGCCAUGUUAUGAUAAUUAGACCUGCAUCACACGUGGAUGUUUAGCCGCACGUUUUCCUUUUUCACUCAACCCUUCCAUCCUAGUGCCAACGGGAACCAAGUGGGAA